AUGGCUGCAAAUUAUAGGAGAAUGAAGAAUUGGGAGGAUGCUGAGGUAAGAUGCUUCCUCAAUUUCUGGGCCGAUCAGGAGGUCCAAAAACAACUGGACGGUACGGUUCGGAACAAGAAGGUCUUUCGAGACAUCAGCGAGAGAAUGAACAAGGCUGGAUUCAGCCGGACACCCGAGCAGUUGCGUGAUAAAUUGAAAAAGCUGAAAAAAGAUUACAAGGACGCCAAAGCAAAUAACAACACUAGUGGGGCUGCUAGGGUACAGUGCCCCUUCUACGAUGAAAUCCAUGCCGUGCUUGGGAAUCGGCCCAGUAUCGAGCCUCAGGUGCUUAUUGAUACUGCACAGGAGUCAGACAUGGAGGAGCCAGAGGAACUGGAGCCAGAUUCAAAUACUGUAGGUCAAGAUGCCAGUGACAACAGUGGCAAGACUGAGGAGCUUGGAUUGGAUGAGGAUGAGGCCAAAGCUAUUGAGGUCCCUCCUGAUGCUGGGCCUUCAACCUCAACCCCUAAGACGAAUGUACCAGUUAAACCAAAGAAGAGGAAGCAAGCAUCGAGCAACAAUGAGGAAGGUAUGGAGAUGUUGGUGAAGAGAAUGAUGGACGAUAGGGCAGCAGCAGCGAGAGAGCAGAGAGAAUGGGAGGAGGAGCGCGAGGAAGCUCAUGAGAGGAGAGAGGACAGGAGAAGACGAGAGGAAAGGGAACAUGAAAUUCGACUUUUUCAGAUGCUAGGCGCAAUGUUUCAGCAUUCGAACCAGCAGCAAAACCAACAAGGAAAUGCCGUCAUGUUCACUCCAGAUGGCAGGUCGUUCAUGGACAUGUAG